AUGUCCGGGCCUGUCCAUGUCAAUCCAACAAUUUUUUCAAAAGAUAAAGGUAUUUCAAAAAAAGCUGAUCCCAAGAAAGAGGAAUCAGAAAGAUUGCAAAAGAUCCUUUUGGAGUUGCUUAAAGAGGAAGAAAACAAGUACUGUGCCGAUUGUCAAGCUAAAUCUCCACGAUGGGCCGCCUGGAAUUUGGGUGUUUAUAUCUGUAUUAGAUGUGCGGGUCUUCAUCGCAAUCUUGGAGUGCACAUCUCAAAGGUUAGAUCCAUCAAUCUCGAUUCAUGGUCUGUUGACCAAGUUCACCAGCUAGAAUCAAUGGGAAACGAGCGUGCUCGGACAUUGUACGAAGCCUGUUUGCCGGAAGGAUUUCGUCGUCCUGCAACAUCGGAUCAGCAAAUGGAACAAUUUAUUCGAGCAAAGUACGAACAAAAAAGGUAUUAUCCGCGGGAUGGAAAAAUUCCCCCUCCACGUGAGCCACGCCGUAUUGCAGUAUCCUCAAAUGGGCAGUCUAUUGUUAAGCAGUCUGAACCUAUAAAGCAACAAAGCCUUCUUGACUUCUCGUCCCCUGAUGAUUCUCCUGCCCCUAAUUCAUCAGCCAAACCAAACUUGUUUGAUCAAUUUGAUCAGAUGAAAGUAUCAACUCCACAAAGCCCCGAUGAUCCUUUUGGAGAAUUUGUUUCGGCGUCAUCAGAACCCGUUGAAGGCUUUGCUAAUUUUGCAGCUGUUAACUCGACUGCUGAUACCAAUACUGCGUCGUUACUCCCAAGCUUUGAUGGGGACAUGCCAACAAUUUCAACUCCGAGUAAUCUUUCGGGCGCGGCGGAUUUGUUUGGAGUCUUUUCCGCUCCAGCAUCCGCUUCUGUGCCAACGCAAGAAACUUCCGUUCCAUCUGUGUCAAAUAGUAUCAAUGAUGGGCAAAGGUCAAAUGCGGAUAUUUUGGCUCUAUUUAGUGUUGCUCCAACACAAAGCUUCACGGCUCCGCCUCUUGGAGGAUUUUCAGCGACUGCCUAUGGACUCAGCCAAUUUGGAAACUUGUCGGACACUUCUCAAAUAGCAGCAAAACAACAAAACGUGGCACAACUACCUUCGUUAAUGUCCACAAUGCCAAACGUUGAUGUGUUGUCUUCCCUUUCAAUGUGUUCUCUGCCGCAAAACAAUUUGCAACAACAAAGAAGUUCGACCGGGCCACCAAUGCAGAUGCACACGCAGAACUUCAAUAACCCACCACAGCAAACGCGAGCCAUGAAGGCUUUUGAUGGAAUUGACAAGGACAUGUUUAUGAUGGCCAGUGGAAGUAAAAAGCCAAGCGAGGUGAAAGAAAAUGCGUCGAUGUCCAUUCUACCUGGAAAAGAAACUACGAACACGUUGGCGCCUGUUGACCUUUUGGAUUUAUUU